AUGCAGCGCCGCCCCCAGUUUCUGGCGCCCCGCUGGACCCUGCUUCGGAGAGACCUUUUGGACUCCAGAGGGCGGGCCCUGGAGUCCCAGUCCCCUCUGGGGGACGUGUGUUCCCGGCAGUUCUGGUCCGUUGGGCCUGUCCAGACGAAACAUCGAAGGGAUGGGUUGGGGCCUGGGCCGGGCUUCUCCCAGGCAGCGUUUGAGGCAGCCCCAAUGGGGCCCUCCGGGGGCCUUCCUCCCUUUGAACUGCGGUGGCGGGCGGGCUCGCUGUAUCCUGCACCCCUCAGAGUAGGGGCCGCCAUCACCAUGGCCACGGCUGCGAGUCGGCCCUGCCCCGGAGGGUCGCGGGACAUCUUGUGGCGCGUGUUGGGCUGGAGGAUAGUUACAAGCAUUGUCUGGUCAGUGCUACUGCUGCCCAUCUGUACCACAGUAUUUGUAAUCUUUAGCAGCAUUGAUUUAUUUCAUCCUAUACAGUGGCUGUAUGCUUCUUUCAAUGAUCUGUAUAAUUCCUACAUUAUCUUUUACCUUCUGCUGCUAUCGGUGGUAAUUGUGAUAAUAAGUAUUUUCAAUGUGGAGUUCUAUACAGUUGUGCCUUCCAUUCCCUGCUCAAGACUGGCACUGAUAGGGAAGAUCCUUCAUCCGCAGCAGCUCAUGCACUCCUUUAUUCACGCUGCAAUGGGAAUGAUGAUGGCUUGGUGUGCUACAGUGAUAACCAAGGGCCAAUACAGCUUUCUUGUGGUUCCCUGCACUGGUACUGAGAGCUUAGAUAGCCCUGCUGUACAAACCUGCUUAAAUGAGUAUCACCUUUUCUUCCUACUGGCUGGAGCAUUUAUGGGCUAUAGCUAUAGCCUCCUGUAUUUUAUUAACAAUAUGAACUAUCUUCCAUUUCCCAUCAUACAGCAAUACAAGUUCUUACGCUUCAGGAGGUCUCUGCUCUUGCUAGUUAAGCAUAGUUGUGUGGAAUCACUGUUCCUGCUUAGAAAUUUCUGCAUUGUAUAUUAUUUUCUUGGUCAUAUUCCCAAAGCUUGGAUUAGCACUGCCAUGGACCUUCGGGUAGAUGAGCAGUUUCAUAGGCCUCUUGACACUGUGAGUGGCCUCUUGAAUCUCUCGUUACUCUAUCAUGUCUGGCUGUGUGGUGCCUUUGUCCUGAUGACUUGGUACAUCUCAUGGCUACUCUUCAAAAUAUAUGCCACAGAGGUUCAUCUGUUCCCUGUUCAACCACCAUUUUCAGAAGACUCAGAUGAAUGCCUCCCAAAAGUUUUAAACAGCAAUCCUCCUCUCAUCAUAAAGUAUUUGGCCCUGCAGGACCUGAUGUUGCUUUCUCAAUACUCUCCUUCACGAAGACAAGAAGUUUUUAGCCUUAGCCAACCAGGUGGACAUCCCCACAACUGGACAGCUAUUUCAAGAGAGUGUUUGAAUCUUUUAAAUGAUAUGACUCAGAAACUUGUGCUCUGCCAAGAAGCUGCUGCUACAAAUGGGAGAGUGAUGUCUUCAUCAUACCCAGUGGAAGCUAAGAAAUCGAAUUCUCCAGAAGAAACUGCGUUUCAGACCCCCAAAUCUAGCCAGAUGCCUCGGCCUUCAAUGCCAUCAUUAAUUAAGACAUCACUGUUCUCCUCAAAGUUAUCUACACCUGAUGUUGCAAGUCCCCUAGCCACCCCAUUUGGCUCUAGUGUAGUGAACCGGAUGGCUGGAAUUUUUGAUGUAAACACAAACUAUGGGUCACCUCAAAGUCCUCAGCUCACAAGAAGAGGGCCAAGAUUAUGGACUUCAGCUUCCGAUCAGCAAAUGACUGAAUUUUCUAAUCCUUCUCCAUCUACCUCUGUUAGUGCUGAGGGUAAGACAGUGAGACAGCCCAAUGUGAUUUAUUCAUGGAUUCAGAAUAAACGUGAACAGGUUAAGAAUUUCUUAUCAAAACGAGUGCUGAUAAUGUAUUUUUUCAGUAAGCACCCAGAGGCCUCUAUUCAGGCUGUGUUUUCAGAUGCCCAAAUGCAUAUUUGGGCAUUAGAAGGUCUGUCUCACUUAGUAGCAGCAUCAUUUACAGAAGAUAGAUUUGGCGUAGUCCAGACCACACUACCAGCUAUUCUUAAUACUUUGUUGACGCUGCAAGAGUCAGUUGACAAGUACUUCAAGCUUCCUCAUGCUUCCAGUAAGCCACCUCGGAUUUCAGGAAGCCUGGUGGACACUUCCUAUAAAACAUUAAGAUUUGCGUUCAGAGCAUCACUGAAAACAGCCAUCUAUAGGAUAACUACCACAUUUGGUGAACAUCUGAAUGCUGUGCAAGCAUCUGCAGAACAUCAGAAGAGACUUCAGCAGUUUUUGGAGUUCAAAGAAUAG